ACUUAGGACCUAUUGGUGCCGGCGGCGGACACCUGGAAGGACUUACUCCUCGCGAACCCUAGGGCUCUCGGGUGGAGUCAUGCGUCCUGAACUGGCCACAACGUGGUACCGGCGAAUGUCCAUGGUCUAUGCACUAGGCGCCUGGUCUAUGCUGGGCUCGAUAUUUUUCCUUACACGGAAACAGAAGGUAUCAGACUGUGAAGAGCAAGAGGAUGGCUCAAGGAAUGAAAUACCUCUUUCUACAAGUGAAGACUCCGAUUUAGCAACGGAAAGGGCCGAGCCUCGUGAAGUGUUUAGUGUGAAAACAGUUUUAAAGUAUUCAGAAAAUCCUGUUCCAGCCACUCAAAGGAUGCUGACCUAUCUGAAGUCCUGGACUGGUGGGCCUGGCCCUCAGGCGUGACUCAGCAGCUGCUGAAUGCUGGAAACAAGGACUUGGCUCAGCAGUUGAUAGAUGCCUUGAUCUCCAUUUCAUGUUUGUGGAAAGAAUGUAUUUUGUUUAACUUUAUUAAAAAUAGGCAUUAAUAAUGUGCAACAAA